CAUUUCCGGUUACGCGACGCGACACGUGCUAGCGGAGUGCUACUUAUAAAAUAAAUAGUGGUUUAUUGUGACUAGAGUGAAUAAAUACAAUAAUAUUUGAAGUGAAUCGAAAGUAGUAACUUAUACAUAAGUGUUUGCAGUAUUUCCACAUAAAUGGUGGGGUCAAGAGUUUACGUCGGCGGUCUGCCGUUCGGUGUCAGGGACAGAGACUUGGAGAAGUUUUUCAAGGGAUUUGGGAGAAUCAGGGACAUACUUAUCAAAAAUGGAUAUGGCUUUGUGGAGUUUGAAGAUUACAGAGAUGCAGACGAUGCAGUCUAUGAACUCAAUGGCAAGGAUUUACUAGGAGAAAGGGUGACGGUGGAGCGCGCGCGAGGCAUGCCGCGCGGCUCGGACCGCUGGCGCAGCCGCGACCAGCCGCCCGCGCCGGCGCCCUCCCGCCGUCCGCCGCCGCCCAAACGCCGGGACGCGUCUGUAUUACACGCACGAAAGAACCAAGAUGACAAUUACAGAUAUGGGCCGCCAACGAGGACGGAGUACCGGCUUGUCGUCGAAAAUCUGUCUAGCCGCAUUAGCUGGCAGGACCUGAAGGAUUACAUGCGUCAAGCUGGAGAAGUGACUUACGCUGACGCGCACAAGCAACACAGAAAUGAGGGCGUGGUGGAGUUCGCGACGCACUCUGAUAUGCGCGCCGCCAUCGAGAAGCUGGACAACACUGAGUUGAAUGGGCGCCGCAUCAAACUGGUGGAGGACCGGCGUUCUUCGCGACGCCGCACGCGCUCGUCUUCGAGCCGCAGUCGCAGCCGCUCGCGUGCGCGCCGCAGCAGCCGAAGCCGCUCCAGGGCCGGCCGCAGCCGUUCGCGCUCCAAGUCCAAGGGCAAGAGCAAGAGCCCCGCUGCAAAGUCCCGAUCUAGAUCCCGUUCCAAGGAUCGCAGCCGUUCGAAGUCGCGCUCGGGCUCGCCGCGCCGCGUAGACCGCCGCUCCGGCUCGCGCGGCUCCGACCGCAAGUCCGAGGACCGCAACGGACACCGCUCCAAGUCCAGAUCGCCCGCCAAAUCCAAGGAAAGAUCUCGAUCCCGCAGCAAGGAGGCGGGUUCUCCCAAGCGCGAAGAGCGCGAGGAGCGUCGCGUGAGCAAGUCUCGCUCUCGGUCCCGCUCUCGCUCGCGGUCCGCGUCGCGCGGCCGCUCCCGCUCCCGCGACCGCUCGGCGUCUCGCUCCCGCUCGCGCUCGCGGUCGCCGCGCCAGAACGGCGACGCGCCAGACGACCGAUCUCCGCGCUCCGGCGAUUAGACAUACACAUAUUGCAAGAUCGUCUUUAGUGCUAUACUGACUUGAUUAUGUUGUGUUAUUAAGGUUUUAAAUAUGUACCUAAACCACAUACAUAUAUGGCUAUUCUUUGGCCGAAUGCGUUAGCGUUAAUAGCCCUAUAUAUAAUUAAUCCUCUUCGCUCUUACUUAUUUGAUUGAUCAAUUGGAAGUUCAAACGUCUAGGGCUGUAAGCUUUUAUGUUUACCCUGUGAAGUGUAAAGCAUUUUUGACCCAGGUUUAAUUUAAGCAGGUUCAGUAUAGUAUUUUAGAUACUAAUUUUAAGCCAUUAUAUACAUAGUUGUAAUUUCAUUCACACAAUCUAGGAACCUAUUCAGCAGAGCCAAAGUAAAACGGUUCACACAUGGCAUUGUUUUGCCAAGUUCUUUUUCAGUAAUCAUCAUAAAAAUAGUUGCUUGUUAGAAACAAUUGCCAUAUCGAACCCCUUUUACUUCGCAGUUGGAUAGAUCCUUAGUUAUUCACUGUAGGAUUUUAAAUUAAUGUGUAGCUUUCGUUCAAGUGUAAAGGUAGAAAAAAUUGUUUACCAAAUAUAUGAAACACAAAGACCAUUUUACUCCUGCUCGUCAUUUCAUGCAUUAUUUAUUAUCAGUGAUCGGCGCGGAUAGUGCGGGUUACCGAGUAGAAAUCUUCAAAAACUUAAAAUAAUAACACUCGAUAGUUACUUUUUCGAACAAGAUCGCGGCAUUUGAGUCACGUCCAUAUUAAGAUUUUUGUUCGGAAUCCUGCACCCGCACCGAAUCGUGUGGCACCGUCCGUGCCGAUCACUGAUUACAGCAGACUUUUAAUUACCGCUAUUCUGAUAUUUAGUUUAUACUUUUGGGCUAGUGAACAAUUGAAUUAAUAAUUUGGCGUUAUUUGACGAGACAGAAAAGUGACUAUCAAUUUAUUUCUGUGAAAAUGAAUUAGCACUACACUUUCGUGCAUUACAUUUAAAAACGUACAAUAAUUUUAUUAUUAAAUGAGUAUUGUUUAAGGGAAUUUUAAUUCUAAUUUGUAACAGGUUUUGACACGGUUUCAAAGAACAUUGUUACCUGACCGACAGGUAGGCAAUCGGAGGCAAUCCUAUUCGAUAGGCUUAUAUAACUAGUAUUUUGUAAAUAUCUAAUUUUAUUACUAAGAUUCCACCGUACGUUUAUGCACCUAUCUGAUCUGUUUCAAUCUUAUUUAUAUUUUGUGUAUAAGUUAUGUGGAAACGUGACUGAAAAUUGCUGCAGAUCUUGCGUUUUUUUUAUCAAAUCUGUGUCACGUCCUAGCUAGAAAGGAGCAAAUAGGUUCAAAAUUUGUGGGAUCUCGGACUAUUAAGAAUAAAUUACGAUACGAG